AUUGUGCAGCUUGUAAGCUCAUUGAUUGUUUCAUUCUUUUGUCAUUAAUUGCUGCCUAGUGCAUGGCCAAGUCGUUUGAACCAGGAGCAUGGAUCAAACAGCCAUAAUUCCCAUUUGUAUUUCCACAAAAUGGGAUGAUACUACUCACAUGUCUGAGACCCUCAGGGGGUCUUCUAGGACUAGAAGGCUGUUAAAUUCACAAACAUUGCAAAAAUAGCAUUGUUGUUUAUGAAAAAUAAAAGCUGGUGUUUACGGUAAAAUCUUCAAAGAGUUGCUUAGAAACAUUAUCAAUAUGGGGAAAUUAAUUACUGGGAAGAAAAAUGUAGUAAUUGUUUGACUUUGUUUCUUUUGCUCCUUUAAAGAAACAUAGUUAUAGUAUAAAGUUUCAUGUUAACUUAUGAUGCUUACCUAAAAGAUGCAUAACCUAAAAGCUUGAGAGGGCUCGCGAGCAGGCUUUGUUUCGUGGCUAGAUGAAGAUGUCAUGCUGCUUAGGCUUUCCAGCUUGUUCGUGUUUAUUGUGCCCUGGCAAAGGUUCCCAAGCCAGUUCUGCAGUCAAAUCUGGAAUUUCCUUCAGCUGGGGGGCUCGGCAAUUUGGCUCUCUCUUUUUGCUGCUUUGGGGUUUUUAAUUUAGUCUGUCUCUGUGAUCAGAAGUGAAAGCUCUCGCCAAGAACAAGUGCCAGCCUGUGCCCGCGGGAGUGGCCGGUGCCACCCGAGGCGGACAGUCUGGACGGAGGCGUGCUCCGAACUACGUCUCCCAGCAGCCCGUGCCGGCCGGCUGAGGGAAGUGGUGACGAUGAUUCCUCCUGGACUUUGAGCAGGAUUUUAAUCCCGAGAAGGGACAGGUCGCUGGGACCCGUGUCUCACGCAGUUCCAGGCGUGCCUGGCCGCAGAGGAGGGCCGCAGCUCGCCGUGCAGCCGGGCUGGGAUGGCGGCGCGGGUGUCGGUCCUGCCGGCCCGCAGGUGCCUGUUCGAUGAGCCCGUGCAGAUCCGUGUGGCCGGUCUGCGGCCGCAGCAGGCGGUCACCCUCCGAGCCAGCCUGGUGGACGAGAGCGGGGAGCUUUUCCAAGCCCACGCUCUCUACAGGGCUGGGAGCAGCGGCGAGCUGGACCUCAGCCGCUCCCCAGCGCUGGGGGGCAGCUAUUUGGGAGUGGAGCCCAUGGGGCUGCUCUGGGCUCUGCAGUCCAAAACGCCCUAUAAGCGGCUGGCAAAGAGGAACGUCCUGACCCCGUUCUGUGUGGACUUGGAAGUGUAUGAGGGCCAUAGGGACGUGAGCCGCUUGCUGGGAAAAUGCACUCAUGAACGAUGGUUCUUAGGAGAGGGGGUGAAGAGGAUUUCGGUCAGAGAAGGUCGUCUCAGGGCAACCCUGUUCCUCCCUCCUGGAACUGGCCCAUUCCCUGGACUUAUUGAUUUGUAUGGAUCUGGAGGAGGCCUUGUUGAAUACAGAGCAAGUCUCCUGGCUAGCAGAGGCUUUGUGACUCUGGCUCUUGCUUACAUGUCCUUUGAAGAUAUCCCUACUAUUCCAGAGAUUCUUGAACUGAGCUAUUUUGAGGAAGCUGUAAACUUUCUGCAGAAGCAGCAGCAGGUGAAAGAUACUGGGAUUGGGGUUUUGGGCUUGUCUAAAGGAGGUGAACUAGCCGUUUCCAUGGCUACCUUUCUACCUGGCAUCAAGGCAGCUGUCAGCAUAUCUGGAAGCACUUUUAAUUCCUUCGUUCCCCUGAGGGGGGAUGGCUUCACUAUUCCUGUCCAUCCAUAUGACUUGAAGAGGAUGAAGAUCAGUGAUGAGUCUGGGCUAGUAGAUUUUUCAGAUGUCUUCGAUGAUCACACGGACCCGGCCACUUGGGAUUGUCGCAUUCCUGUGGAGAAGUCUGUAGCCAAAUUCCUCUUCCUGUGUGGACUGGAUGACAUGAACUGGAAGAGUGACCUCUAUUGCCGGGACGCUGUUCAGCGCCUCCGGCAGCACGGCCAGGAAGCGGAGUUCUACUCCUAUUCUGGAGCAGGGCACCUCUUGGAGCCACCAUACUUGCCUCUGUGUAAAGUUUCGAUCCACAGGGCGCUUGGGAUGCUGGUGUAUUGGGGAGGGCAGUGGAGAGAGCAUGCUAAAGCCCAAGAAGAUGCAUGGCGCAGGAUACAGGCCUUUUUCUGGCAACAUCUGAUGGACUCAGACAUCCCUAAGAGCAAGCUGUAGUGGAAGCUGUCAUAGAUGCUGGCCAGGGAUGGUAUUUCAGCACUUACUGGAUCUUGGAAACUCGCCAGAAGUUUCCUGGACUGCCUUCCUCUAAACCCCACUGUUGCAUAGUUGUUUGUUUUCAUUCCUCAAAUAAUUUCCCAUUUUUAGUUGAAUUUCAGUUGACUUCUGGCCCCAGCUUCACAGUAGAUUGGCACCAUGUGAUCUGUGUGCUCUAGUCUAAAAACAACCCAGCAUCCCAUCAUCUAAAUCGCAUUUGUUCUGAGCUAUCUUUGCCCUCAAUCUGCAACCAUCUCCUUUCAUAAGAGAAAAUACUCUCACAGGAGGAGUUUGCUAUUGAAUGGUUUAGUCUUGCCCCUUUAGCUAACCUAGAUAUAAACAGCACUUCUGCCAACCCAUUAGUUCACUCAUCUUUCCUCCUGGCAUAUUGUUUUUUCCCAUUUCAUAGUAACAAGUUUGCAGUAGUUCUGACAUCUCAGCUAAGGGAAGAGGCACUCUUCUGGUUUAAUCAACAUUCUUUUUCUGGAACCUCAAAACCCAGAAGUGAGUCUUACGCAGGCUACCCUGCCUUGUAUCUCCUUCUGACUCAAUAUAAGUUCCAUAUUAGGGUAAAGUUUUCACUGCACUACUCUGUGAGUGCAUUGUGCAAUGUAUCUGUGUGUGCACAGUUUGCUUGAGAUUAUCUGAAUGAAGCCUUCAACCAUCUGUGCACCUGACAAUAUGUUAAGGAACAAUCCUGGUGUAGCCACAAGCUGUUACUUCACCUGAUUGAAGAGGUCAUGAGCAGAAGUCCUCACCUCCUGUUGGGAAGAGAAGUGAUAGAGUCUGCAGUUUUGCACAGUGUUCAAGAUGGGGGUGAUAGAGAUAUGCCAAGUACUUGCUCUCCUAUGGUGAAAUUUAGUUUGUCUCCAUUUUGGAGGGGAACAGUAAAGCCACUGCUGCUGAGUUACCAGGAGCCCAGUGAGGUGGGCUGCCUCAGUGGUCUUGCCACUCAGCAGACAGCUCUGGGCUCAGUGACAGCUAAGAAAUGCCACUCUUCAAGAGAGAACUAAACUCACCUUCUGGGAAGAGUGUGCAUUUUCUUACCCUUUACCAGUGUCCAAACCUGCCAAGGGGGCUGCAAUCUACCUUGUGCUUUUGUGGGAUAGUGGCAAACAGCAGCAGUGUAUCAAAUGGCAUCAGUGAAGCAAAUUCUCCCUCCUGGAGAAGUCAAGACUCACACCCUGACCACGGAAGCAUACAGGAACUGGAAGUCUGCAUUGCACUGAGAUCUUGCCUUUGACAGUGUAGUCCCUGGUUUCCAGUUCCUGCUGAGACAAAAGCCCUGUAGGAGCCUGGAUCCUGCUGAGGGAGGAAACAUGCCCUUAGUUUUCUUGUUUCAGGGAGCAAUGGUUACUCAAAAUGAGCACAUUGGGCCUCAGAGGGCUGGGAACUCGCUUGUACAAUAUAUUCAACACAGACUGUCCCUUUAGGUGCUUCUGGUUUUCCUGAAUCCCCUAUUCCUCAGACUGGUGGAUGGGUACCAUGUAGCUGAAGGUGUGAGCAGUUACAGUGGGGACAUCUCUCUCCUGCUCACCCAUACUGAUCAUCCAUCAAGUUUUGUGCUGUUGCCUCUUACUUGGGUUCUGUUUGUCCCUUGUGUGCCUAUGUCCUGCAUGGACUGUGGUUGUUCCAGAGGUUUAGUGAGUGGGUAGGACUUGGCAGCAGAGUAACAUAUAACAACAAGGAAAGUCAAACGCAUUUAACCAGUUCCAUCUGAGUAAGGGACAUUUCCUUUUUCCUCAUUUUUCUGUUUUAUUGAAGUAGUCAAAAAACCUUGGGCUGCUGAUCCACAUUUUCCUCAGACGCAGGGGCUUAGGCUGCGAGUUUCUCUGUGGUAUGAGUAAUUCUGUUCUUUUAUUUUCACUGGACACAGUGAAGUUUAUAUAAAACAGUGUGUUGUUUUCCAGCCUGUGGGAUAACUCACAUCUAUUUUAAUCUCUUCUAAGGGGAAAUUGAGCUUUCCCAGCUUUCAAUGGGCAGUUUACAGAUCUAUACUUUGAAUUACAAAAUUGUGACCUUCCAAGAAAAUACAUUAUCUAUAGGAAACUACCAUUACAAAUAAAAUUACUUUCCAUCAGUAAAUCAACAGUGUGGAUGCUUUCAUCCAGUUAUGUUGUCACAUUUGGCAGUCAGGUUCACAGAAAACAGUGUUGAAAAUAGAGGAUGAAGGGAGCUGAGUGGUGAAUCCAUCGAUGGCAACAGCACACAGGAGCUCUUUCUUUUGUUGCUCUGGAAUGAAAGGUUUGCUACCCACUUAAAAGCCCUUUAUUUAUUGGAUGGCAUCUGACAAGAAAGACUGAAAAAUCUGAUUUAGCUGAGCAGCUCUGUGGCACAUACAGGAAAACAUUCAAGGCAACUCAGUUGCACUAGGAAUGCUUUUAAAAUUCAACUCAGAUUUGAAACUUAUCUUCAGGGAAUAGAAGCUGGAAACUGAUGUCAGACUAAUAUAAAAUAACCUGAAAUGGCUUAAUUUCAGUAAAACACUUCUGCCUGUUCUUCAAUGUGUUCUUCAGCAUUUUGCUGGAGACUUUGACUACUUAAUGUUUCUUCUGCUGAAGAGAUGAUUUAGACCAGUAGGGCUAAGAUCGUAUUUUUUUUUCAAGACAAUAUUCUUCUAAUUGCAGGCUGUUGAGUCAGAGUGCUUUAUAUAGUCUCUCCAGGCCUGCUGAAUACAGAUAGCAUUAUUCAAGAACACUGUGAAAGUUAUUAUUUAAUUAAAGAUAAUAGACCUUUAGCUGCAAGAGAUUCUUUGCCAAGCACAACUGAUAAAUCUAAUAGAAGUUGUAUGGGAAAAUCUGUUCUUGUAAUCUGCUUGUAAUUGAAAAGUGCUUCAGAUAAAAUAGAGUAUCAAAGGACUAGCUUGAACUGAAAGAUCUCGAUUCUUAGUCACCCACUGUGUAGCACUCUGCACUGAAUUUCUAUUUUGAGGAUAAGAAAAGCUUGUGACAAGCCUCUUAAGAACUGGGAAUCUCCCCACAUGUAAGCUGCUAUGAACAAGUUUACUAUAAAGGAACAGUAUGUCUUGGAAAGCUUUUUUAGGGCAGGAUGAUUUCCCUAGCUACCAUGGAACCAGGAAACAAUGGAAAGUGCUGAUUUGCCCAAUACAUUCUUAAAAUUUUCCAUCUUUGCAUUGAAAACUGACCCUGAAACAUUUUGAUACACAUACACUAUGACUUGGAGGAAACUGCAGAAUGAAAGAAGUCAAAAUGCCUUUAUUAGCAAAAAGUGAACCACAGGUGCAGAAGGGGAAACAUUUUUGACAAAGUGGCUGUCUCUGCAGAAGUAGUGGGUAUUUGAAGCCUCAGCGGAAUUUUAAUAGGGACUAUGCUGAGCAAGAAGAUUUUAAUGCAAAUGUUCUUCUCUAAGCCUAGGAACUUCUUCAGGUGAAGCAGUGUCUCUGGGUGGCUUCUGCCAGCGAAGUUGUUUCAUGGCCACAGAAGAGGAGGAAUGAAAUGAAAGAUGAGCAUAUAUGUUGUGUGGUGUGAUUUAGAAGUCACUUUUCUCCAUGUCUGGUUUCUGUUCCCUGUGUGUGUUUGAAAGUCUAAAGACUUAGGGGUUUUUUUAAUUCAAACCUUGUUCAGUUCCUUAAUACAUUACCAGGUCAUUUGUUAUCAAGCUGUGGGAUAAGACCAGUGUUUAAUGACAAAAUAUCAUUCUAGUAUUUUGCUAAAAAAAAUUAUAAUUCUACCAUUUCAGAAAAAAAUCACAAUUCUCCACUUUUUAGUGCUGUGUACAUGUUAUUCAGAAAUGGAAUCUGAGCCAAAUGUAGUGUUAAGCACAGAGAAAGUGAUGCUUUGUUUAAGUUUGGGCACAAGAAAGAUUAAUAUUUCCAAUGAACUAGUGCUCCUUGCAGCAUUGACUGCAAAAUAUCCCUGCUAUUUUUCAUUGCUGAGGACAAAAAUUAGAAAUGCUGAAUCUUAAAAAACUGUCUGUACAGAAUUCACAUUAAACCUAAAAAUGUCAGUACCCUGACUCUGGAUAGCACUUAGAGAAAAAUAAAUUAGUUACAUUCUAUUUAUUUAGGAUUGUAUCUUUUCAAUUACUUCAGCUGCUGAACUUUGAACAUCUUGUCUUUAGACUGGGAACUUAAGUUUACAUUAAAAUCACUUCAGUAAAAA